AUGAUUUCUUCUAUUUUAUAUUAAACUCCUGAAAAUAUUAAUGCUAAUCCUUACAUUGUUUGCGUUGCACGUUUAGGAUAAAAUUAAAUAAAAAGAACAUAAGUAUGGGCCGGUAAUAAAUAUGAAGCAAAUUGGACUGAUUAACUUAAAUUAUACAGAAAUAAUGAAGAAAACCUAGAAAUAAGAAUAAGUGCUAUGGAAAGUCCAUAGAGUUCUUAAGCUUAACUUUUAGGAGUCGCUGUAAUACCAAUAACAUAAGCUUUAUAAAUGUAAAAUUAAGAACUAUGUUAUACUUUAAAUAUAAAAGAAAAAGAAGCAGGACAGGAUAUUAAUCUUAUUUAGUAAUAAUAAUCUUGUUAGUUAUAAUAAAUAUAAAACUAAUAAUAAAAAUUAACUUAUCCUAAUAAUACAAAUUAAUUAUAUUAUGAUUCUGCUUAACCUUAAACAUAAUGUUUGACUAAUUCUUAAAUAAAAUUAGUUUCAUUACCUUAGUGA